GCAUUGCCGACUUGCCGACUCCCUCUUCUUCAUUCGCCUCCUUCUUUCGGGUCUUAGUGUCUGUAGACGCAUUCCUGUGUAGCUCUUGGGCCUGCGCCAUGGCCGACACUCAUCCUCGUAGGGCAUCUUCGUCCUCGUCCUCGAGCCCAGCGAUGCCCUCCAGGUCACCGGUAGCCGGGUACCACUCGCACCAUGCCGCCGCCAAUGCUGCCUCGGAGAAGGAGCUCCUCGACCUCUUGACCUCCAUGCCUUCCUCUUUUCCCCAUUCUCAGGUCUCAUCUUCUUCUCCUUCGUCGAGUCAGGCAUCUGGACAACCCGUUGCAGGGAGACGUCGGCCGCUUGCGACGCUGAGUGCACUGCGAAGACCACCAAUCGACCCAAUCAUUCUCGCAGCCAGUCUCUCGUCUGGGCCCCAGGUCACGAGACAUCAUUUCCACCAUACAUAUGGAGAGACGGCGCAUGGUCCCUCACGUCAAAUGCCAGCCAGCCAGAGACAAGCUGUCAAGGCAGCCCAAUCCCAGCAAGCUCCCGCGCCGGCUGCCAGAACUCGCACGUCUCGCUCUCAGUCCACAAGCUUCGGCUCCUAUGCCAACUGCGACAUGGACGACAGUGAACUUCAAGCCGAGGAGUUGAUCAGAGAAAUCGAACCUGUACCCGAAGUAACAGACUCUGAAAGAGCCAUGUACGCCAGUCGGCAAGCGCCUCGCAGCGUUCGUAUCGAGCUGGAAGAGGAGGCGAAGAAGCUGCGUACAGAAGCACUAAAGCAAAGGGAGAGCCAAAGUCGAGAAUCUAAUCAAGGAAAUCAAGAGCGAAAGCUUGAGGCUGCGCGUGUAGCUCAAGUGGCCUCAUCUGUGGGUAUCCGCGCUAGCGAGGAGGAGGGCUCCUCUUCUGCGCCGGGGACCAGCGCUCCUACCGCACCACCUGGAGACGACGGUCAGACUUCUCAGCGACCGCAAGGCACCGCUGCUCUUAUCCAGCAGGCUUUGUCAGAGAGAAAAGCAAUCGCCUCCGCCCCGACUACACCGGCUCUGCCUUCCACGCCGAGGGAGCUCAGCCAAGGGUCAAUAUCAGCUUCACCCGCCACUGCGAUACCUCAACUUUCUCGCCUGUCCUCCAUCGUCCGCCCACCGCCACUUCAGAUUCGCUGCUAUGCCCGCACGAGGAUACCAACGCCUCAUGGCGAAAUCUUUUGCCAUCUCUACCGCAACAAUCGAGACAACAAGGAGCAUCUUGCCCUAGUCAUCGAUCCUGCUCAGAAUGAACCAGACGUAAACGUAGAUGAGUUGUCGAAGCCUGCCGGCCCGCCCUCACUUCGUAGUCGAACGCUCGAUGAGGUCUGGAGUUCUGAAGAGACUGAGAUGGAGCGCAUCGUCCGCGGCGCGUAUGUCGGUAGGCUAGGCCCACAUUGCCAAGUCGCAAGCGCCGGUAUACGACGGGGCAGAGAACAUCCUGCACAUGCUAGCGAAGGCGAUGUGGACUGGGAGGCACCCCUGGUCAGAAUCCACUCGGAGUGUUACACCGGCGAGACAAUCGGUUCACAGCGCUGCGACUGUGGUGAGCAACUCGAUGAAGCUCUGCGCCUCAUCCUUCAAUCCGGCUCCGGUACCGAACCGUCACGCGACCCUUCCCGCGAAGCGAAGAGGCCCCGUUUGCCUCGUGGUGUUGUCGUCUACCUGCGCCAAGAGGGACGAGGAAUCGGACUGCUGGACAAGCUCAUGGCCUACAAUCUGCAAGACAUGGGCCACGAUACUGUCAGUGCCAAUGUCCUCUUGGGCCAUCUCCCUGAUGCGAGGAGCUACGCAGCAGCCGGAGCGAUCUUGGAGGAUCUGGGCGUCUCUAGCUGUCGCUUGCUGACUAACAAUCCAGAGAAGAUGGAAGCGCUAGAGGCAGAGGGCAUCAAGGUCAAGGAGCGUGUGGGUAUGGUUCCCAGGGCCUGGACUCAGGAGGUGAAGCGCUCAAAGGGCGGCAAAAGCGGAUCGGCUCGAAAGGGCAAGAAGAAGUCGCAAAGGGUCAGGAGGCCUGCCGCCGGCCCGAAGCGAGAUCGUCGAGUUGCUGCUCUUGCUUCCUCCCAAGUCUCCGAUGAGGGCCUAUCCCGCUCCAUCCUCUCUCAAGCAGAGGACGAUGACGAGCCAUCCCAUUUCGGCCGGCGACAUCAGGGCUCGGACCUAGAGGGAGCGGAGGGCGAAGGCACACAAGAGUCGGCAAGCAGCAAUGACGAGGACGACGAGGAAGAGGAAGACGAUGGGGACAGCGACGACUACCAGCAACACAUGCUCCGCUCUUCGGGGGCUACGCUGAUAGGCGGUGCAGCUGCGCGCGGCGUGGAAUUGGAGCGAUACCUACGGACAAAGAUUGAACGCAUGGGUCAUCUGCUCGAUCUACCGGCAGCAAGCGGUGAGCAGACCGACGCUGGAAGUGCGGCUCCGGCGGCAGAGGUAUCUGGUCUUGGCGGUGAAGGCCGCUCGACGGCGGAUGGAGAGAGGGUGGAGCAGGGCGGAGAUCGGGUAUAGGAGGCGCAAUCACAGACACGCUGAGCAGGGAGCGGGCUGAUCUCGGGUAGAGUUGUAGAUUCGUCGCUGUUGUAUGAACGAACACAUGCUUGGAGCGGAUUGUAAGCGCAAGAGGAGAGGGUCUGGAGUGCUAGAUGUAAGAGGCCGCCGAUGCGAUGCGUAAAGGUGAAUCAAUAUGAUCACUCUGACU